GGAAAAGGGGCGUGGUUUGUAGUGACAGGGGGCGCUGGGGCAAAACAAAUGGGCGAUCUCUCUGUAAAGGCAGUGAAAUGAAGCCUCUGCCUCAACUUUCACCUUAUUUAUUUUAAGUCUUUUUUAUCUGCUAUUUCCUUAAUGUCCUUCUGGGAUCCUUCGUGAGAAAUAAGUCGCUUUUGGUUGUCCUUACGCGCACAUCCCGAGGAAUAGCUUCACUCAGAUGGGUCAGGCACUUUGGAGGCUGCCUCCCAGACAACAACAGCACCUUCAGGAAGAGCUUGUAGACCACUUGGCUGAGCAAGCAGGAAGAAGAAGCGACCACGGGAGAGAUGGAGGCCAGAGGAGAGGUCCUCAGCACUGCUACGGCCCUGACAUCUACCAUCUGCUAAGGGCACGCCGAGGAGGUAAGGAACGACAUGGCUUCAUCGACCUGGAGAUGCUGCCUCCAGAGCUGGGCAUCACCAUCCUGUCGUACCUGAACGCCACCGACCUCUGCCUGGCCAGCUGUGUGUGGCACGGCCUGGGGAACGAUGAGUAUCUGUGGCAGGGGUUGUGCAAAUCCACAUGGGGCCACUGCUCCAUCUACAACAGAACACUACCCGAAGGAUUCUCCUAUAGAAGACUUUACCUCCAACUCGAUGAAGGCUGUCUCACAUUUAACGCUAACCCACAAGAGGGUAUUGGAUACUUCUUAUCUAAAGGCAUUCUGGUGGACCACCCCACAGAGCUGGCCAAGUUCAUUUUCUACACCAGGAGGCUCAAUUGGAAGAUGCUGCGGAUUUACUUGGACGAGAGGCGCGACGUCUUGGAUGAGCUGGUGACACUGCAUAAUUUUAGUAACCAGUUCCUUCCCAACGCUCUGAGAGACUUCUUCAGACACAUCCAUGCCCCAGAGGAGAGGGGCGAGUACCUGGAGACCCUCAUCACCAAAUUCAGUCAUCGCUUCUGCACCUGUAACCCUGGACUGGUGCGCGAGCUCGGCCUCAGUCCAGACGCAGUGUACGUGCUGUGCUACAGUCUCAUCCUGCUGUCUAUCGACCUGACCAGUCCUCACGUCAAAAACAAAAUGUCUAAACGUGAGUUCAUCCGAAACACGCGCCGCGCUGCGCACAAUGUUUCAGACGACUUCGUGGGACAUCUCUAUGACAACAUCUACCUGAUCGGACACGUGGCAGCCUAGGCCCCAUUCACGUGAGAGACAAGUCAAAUUUCUACAAAACCUGGAUCAUCAAAACCUCAGCUCUAUUCUCCUUUUGCUGUUAUAUUUUACAUUAUUCACUGAUCUAUACAACAUCAGUUGUAAGCUGACAUCAAAUUAUUAUAUUAUCUUGGAUGUGUUUGAUCCCCUUUGCUGACAAUAGUGGGGAAAAAAGCUGCUUGGAAAAGAUUAAAAACACAAGGCUACAUUAUGCUACAAUUUACCAUUUUAAGUUCAGAAGUUGAGGUUUUGAGGAUGCAAGUUUUGAGAAACUGGAUUUGUCCAGAUCUUUGCACUGCACUGAUGGAUGGAAAUGGGCCAUUCACUUUCCUGACAUUACGGGACACAAAAUGUAUUUAAUUUAUGUAGGAAAAAAAUGUUAUGAAAAACAAAAGAAGAGGUUGCAAGAAGACAAGAUCACCACUUCACUGUGAAAGACUGUGCCACCAAAUGUGUGUGUUAAAAUAUACAAUUAGAGGUUUCUCUGAAGUCAAGCUCUGCUACUGCACUGAAGGGUGGGGGGAUUUUAAAUGUCAUGUUCUGUCACUUUCAUUUAUGUAGAAUAACAGGACUGCAAGGGGAACACUUUUCCAGACCAAUUAUUGCUGCACUUUUUUAGGUUUAUUGUGUUAAAAAUGGCUUUCUUAGACAGCAUUUAAAGGUAGAAUUUUUCUGGUGUCGGCCACUUGCUUGUCUUCAUGGAUUGAGACAUUUGUUUACCUAUAAUGUUUCACACUAUUUAACAAGACCAAGUCACAGGUCAGAUCUGAGGAGAGGCAACCCCACUUACAGUAACAAUGUUUUUCAAGGCAUUUUCUUCUUUUUGACUUAAACACUUGUAAUUGACAAAAUGCUAGAUGGCUAACUCUAAUGCCAUAUGGUGGAACUUUCCAGUCAAAACAAUGACAUCUCUAUGAAGACAGGCAAGUGGCAGAUAUCCCAUCAGAAAAGUUACAUAGUGUACCUACAAAAUGAAUCUGCCUAUUGGGUAAGAAAUUGUAAAUUACAAAUAAUUUUGCUUAAAAUGAGAAGCAAUAUAUUGAAACAAGUCAAAUGAUUUCACCAAGUUAAUAAAUCUAGUUAAAACUACUCAAAACUGUCUAUUUCAAGUCAUUUGGACUAAUUGCAUCAUUACAUAAUCAUUUUUUUGUGCACAGUGUUAUUGCUUGUCUUUGGUUUGCCAUUUUUAACACCUUUAUCUAAUUUUCCAUGAUACACUGAAGUCCAUAGGUUUUAAUGUGAAUGUCCCCUACAGUGGUCGACCAUCAUGAAUGUCCUGUUUACGUCUGUCUUUCCUUUGUAUUUCAUUUUAAGAUUUAUAUUGUUUUUAAAUGGCGGGGGGUAGUAACGUUUGUAGAUUAUGGCUUGGUUUGUUCUUUUCCUCAAGGCCAACAAUGAAUGUGAAGUUAUUUUUAUCUAAUGAGCAGAAUGAACAACUCAUUCUCGCUCAACUGCCCAUUUAAUCCACUAAAGUAGUUCUCGUGUAUUCUGUAAUAAUUCUACCAUAUUAUUGUCACUAUCCAAAUUAUGCUGUGUAUUUUGAAGAAGCAUUAUAAAUCUUUAGUGUUGACAAGCAGUGGCAUGUUAGAAAAGUUGAUUAGAGCUGCACAGUAUAUGGUUAAAAUUGAGAUAUCUGAUGAUGGUGUUCAGGAUUUUGAUAUACAGACACAGUAAGUUGAAAUGCAUUGAACAUUUUAAAUCAGUAUACUUGCAACAUCAGCAACAUCCUGAUAUGCUUCAAAUUGAAUGUUGAACAGUAAUCAACUUCAUUUCAAACUCGAAUGUCCAUAUUCACAAAAGCAAAAUUUCAAAAAGGCAAAACCAUAAGUUCUUUGAUCACAGUUACUUAGAUUUGCAAUUUGUGCAGCCCUAAGAUGCAGUUGAGACAGCUUUGGGUCUAUUGUUUUAGAAGAACUGUAAAAGAAGUGUAUGAAAUAACAAAAAGUGAAGCAAGUUCUUUUGAAACAUCACCUCUUUGUGAUAGAAGGCAUUGUAGAUUUACUUAUUGACAUUAUUAUUGGCGUGUUAUACAUUUCUAUCAGUCUGCAUUUGGCUGUUGCUGUAUUGAUAGAAAGCUUGUCAUUUUCGAAUAGGCUCUUGAACAUCUCAGCCAGUGCAAUUCUCUCUAAAAUUCACUCUACAAAAGUCCUAAUCCCAUAACAUUUAAAUUCUUCCAAACCAUUUUCAUAUUGUUAUUUUACAUAGCAUGUCCCAUUAAUACUGCAUAUGUAGACCUUAUGAAAACUGAUGUGGUUAAAAAUAAGCAAAUUUUUGUUAGUUAUAACGUUUUCAACAGACACUGCAGUAAAAAUGUAUGCUUUCCAACUAUAACAUAUCUAAGUUUAUUAAACAAAAUGAGAACUAAAAAAGAUCUUACACUUUGCAUUUUCCGAUGGUAGAUCUGAAAUGAGAGCAGUAUCUUUUGGCAAUAAACACACCUAUGAUCAAGUAAAUUAAAUGUAGAUGGGUUUAAUGCCAUACUGUGGAACAUUCCAGGCAACAAUAACAUUUUCAUGAGACAACCUGAUCAUGGAGCCUACACCAGAAAAUUACAUAGUGCACGUGUUACUGAACUGCAAUUUGAAAACUUAUUUUGUAGCUGUUCUUUUCAUAGGCCAAUUAGACAAAGUAUCAUAGUAUCAAAUAUUUAAAAAAUGUUUUAAUUAUAAUGGCAACUUUCUCCCUGCACAAUAUUGUUUGGAUUUUGAAAGAAGAGAUGUGCUUUGGCCUAUAUUUUUAGUUUAAGAACUCAACAAUCUGCAGUCCCAGCAGCUAGCAUGUAGCCACCAUCACUAACAAUGAGAGCUGAAUGUAACGAUUUACAUCAUCACACAGCAAAAUAUAAAAGAAAUCUGUGAUAGGGAGUCCCAAAUGACUCAGGACGCCCACUAAAAGUAAAAUUGACACUGGUAACAAUUUCAAGUGGUGAAACAGGCUAAAUCUGGUUUAAUAUGAUUUAUUUGAGUAGUUUAUUCUGACAUUUUCCCUGUGCUCCUGAACUACAAGUCAACGACACACUUUUUAUCUUGUUUUGACAAGGUUUUUUUUUUUUUUUUUUUUUACUUUACUUUCACAGCAUUUCCCCUCUUAUUUCAAUCUUAUUAAUGUACUUUUUCCAAUCCAAUGUAUUAAUUUCACCACCAAUGGCUAGAUAAUUCAGUUAAUCAAAGUCGACAUACCAAGUUAAAUAGUCAAAAAUGUAGCCAACUCACUCAAUGUGGAUGUUUUUUUUUUGCCCUGACAGUAGUUCUGUAUUUGCACCUUUUUUCUAUGACUGUUUCUCUCAAUCUGUAGGCAUUUUUCAUCCUCUCAUUCACACACCCGUCCUCUAAUGAAUUUGUAGCACCACUUCUUUGCGCACUGUUUUUAAAUGAUAAAAUGCUGUUCACUUGUUCCUGUAGUGUCUGUCCUUGAGCUACACAAGACUGACAAAUUGUACUGAUCAAUAUUUGACCGAUUAAAUUUGGGAUUGUCUAUACCCAA